CUAAUUGGAUGGAAUCAGUCUUCUUCCUCACCAAUUAACCUCAAAUCCCAAAGCUUAUCAAUGAAGAGAAGAAGAAAUCUCUUCUUCAAAACCCCGAUUGCCAUCAUUUCCACAGUUAUCUCUCUACUUUGCUUCCUAAUUCUCAUCCUCUCGAUCUUCAAGCUCCCAGAGAUCUCCGCCAAACGCAGCUCUACCCAUCUGAUGAAUUCUAACAACCCACCAGAAAAAAGAGAGAUCUUGAGUACAGGAGGAAGAUUUGCGGAGACAAUACUCGAAAUGUUACCAGAAAAUCUAGUAUUCACGAUCUUCAUGCCAUCAGAUAGAGCAUUCGAAAGAGAUCUAGGUCUCAAAGCAAAUGAAAGCUUAGAGGAGGAGAAAUCCGGUAAUACCUAUGCGAUAUUGACUCGCGUAUUGGGAUUUUCGGCGUUGCCUAGGGCGAUCUAUUCAGAUUCGGUUCCGAUUCAAGGGGAAGUAUGUUACGAUUCAAUAUCGGGAUUCAAUUUGUGUAUGUAUAGGGAGUUGGAUGGGAUGUUGAGAGUGAAUGGAGUGAGAUCUGAGAAAGUGGAUGUGAAGAUGGGGGAGAAGGUUGUGGUGCAUAUAAUGAAUGGUGCGAUUAUGGAUUCUGAAUUUCAGCAGUCUGUUCAGCCUGAUGAAGAAGACGACUCCAUUACUGAUGAUGGAUGAUUUACAAUAUUGUUUUUUUAACUUAUGAUUAUAUUUUAGCUUAUUUUGGGAAUAUUAUUUGUCUCAUAAAUCUUUAAAUGAAAACUAAUUGGUGUUUUUUUUUUGAUUUGGUUCUCAAAGUAUGGGGAAAUUUGAAUUUUAUACA